UCAAUAUAUGAAACCUCUUUUACAUAAUCCGUCACUUGACGCUUCCUCACAAGGGGCUUUAUAUACGCUUUAUUAUUAACGCAGAACCCUAGUACACUCCAUCAUCUAGCCCUGAGCCGCCACAGCAUCGAUCAUCACUACUGAAGCUAUAAUCGGUCGGUAUCUGGUGCUAUUAAUUGUUUAAGGUUUACGGAUUAACAGUCAAUUUACAUAUAGAAGAAAAUGGCAACCAAUGCAAUGUAUCUUUCUGUUAUUAAUCGGCCUUUAGUUGCAAAUCCCAAUUCACUUCGAGUUAGAUCAUUUACCGUCAGAUGCUCCACUGGUUCUGUCUCCACCGGUGCUUCUGUUGCUGCUCCUUGGAAGCUUGCGGAUGCUAGACUCGUGCUCGAAGAUGGAUCCGUUUGGAAAGCCAAGUCAUUCGGUGCUUCCGGGACUCAAGUUGGUGAAGUUGUAUUCAAUACUUCAUUAACGGGGUAUCAAGAAAUUCUUACAGACCCGAGCUAUGCAGGCCAGUUUGUUUUGAUGACAAAUCCACACAUUGGCAAUACCGGGGUUAAUAUAGAUGAUGAAGAAUCAAUAAAGUGCUUCCUUGCCGGUUUGAUAAUUAGAAGCUUGAGUAUUAGCACUUCGAACUAUAGAUGCACGGAAUCGCUUUCUGACUAUUUGUUGAAAAGGAACAUCAUGGGAAUAUAUGACGUUGAUACUCGUGCGAUUACUCGCCGGUUACGAGAAGAUGGAAGCCUGAUUGGUGUCUUGAGCACAGAAGAGUCAAAAACCGAUGAAGAACUUUUGGAGAUGUCCCGCACAUGGGAUAUUGUUGGCGUGGAUUUAAUUUCUAACGUCUCUUGUAAGCAGCCUUAUGAAUGGGUUGAAAAGACCGGUUCGGAAUGGGAUUUUAACUCCAAUCGAAGACACGAGGAGACUUUCCAUGUGGUGGCGUAUGAUUUUGGUAUCAAGCACAACAUACUGAGGCGGCUGGCGUCUUACGGGUGCAAAAUAACCGUUGUUCCGUCAACAUGGCCUGCGGCUGAGACUCUUAAAAUGAAACCAGAUGGAGUUCUUUUCAGCAAUGGGCCAGGUGAUCCGUCUGCGGUUCCUUAUGCUGUCGAGACCGUGAAGGAGAUUAUCGGCAAGGUUCCGAUAUUCGGAAUUUGCAUGGGACAUCAGUUGCUCGGCCAGGCCUUGGGUGGGAAAACGUACAAAAUGAAGUUCGGUCAUCAUGGUGGAAAUCAUCCUGUUCGCAACCUUAGAAACGGAAGUGUUGAGAUUAGCGCACAGAAUCACAAUUAUGCGGUUGACCCAGAGUCACUUCCGAGUGGGGUGGAAGUAACACACGUGAAUCUCAAUGACGGAAGCUGUGCGGGUCUCGCCUUUCCUCAGCGAAAGCUGAUGUCUCUUCAGUACCAUCCUGAAGCAUCUCCUGGACCUCAUGAUUCGGACCUCGUGUUUGAUCAUUUUGUGGAGCUAAUGAGAAAAGAAAAGCAACAUUCGUGAUGCAAAUAGGUCGGGAUUAAAAGAAUUUGUACUGAACGAGGCGCAUGUAGCUACUAGUUAGUUGACAUCAAGAAUGUUAAGAAUGUUUUGUUUUUCCGAGAUGCGUUAUGUGUUUUAUGCUAGCUGGGUCUGGCUUGUAUUGGUCUAGACCAUAGACCAGUUUGGUUUGGGUGUUUGCUGCUUGAAAAGCCUUUACAUAUAAGUUGUUUUCAAUGUUUGGUUAAUUGGUUUU